UUGCCAGCAGCUCCACAGUCCGUGCUUCUUUCCCUCGGCAAAGGUGGUCGCCUUUUUCAGCCCUUAAAGAGAUCCCACAGGCCACUGAAGAAUGUGUGGGCGAACAGCUGUUGUACUGGGAGCAGAUCGUAUCCGCCGUGCCUGUGAAUACCGUGAUAAUCAAGGAAAGAGAAGGUGUCCAGAAUGGAAAAAUGCUGACAAAUAUAGUCCAUCCUACAAUAAGAGCCCACAGUCUAAUAGCCCUGUGCUUCUCUCCCGACAACACUUUGAAAAGGAUGCCAACUCUUCUGAACGUGUCCUUGUAGCUAUGCGUUGGGUGGUUCCAGCGUGGUUUAAGGAAGCUGACCCAUCUAAAAUGCAGUAUAACACUGCAAAUUGUCGGGAGUGAUACCAUGAUGGAGAACUUUCCUACAAGGGGCCUCUGGUAAAGGCAAACGCUGCUGUGCUGGCUGAUGGCUACUACGAAUGGCAACAACGAAAUGGGCAGAAGCAACCCUAUUUCAUUUACUUCCCCCAUACCAAGGAUGAAAAGCUCCGCAAACCAGAUGUGGAAGGUGAGGAUGAAGAUUCAAAGGACAGGAAGUUACUCACCAUGGCUGGUAUUUUUGAUUGUUGGGAGCCCCUUGAUGGAGGAGAAACAUUGUACAGCUAUACCAUCAUCACUGUAAAUGCUUCAAAAGAUCUAAGCUCCAUCCAUCACAGAAUGCCAGCUGUCUUGGAUGGGGAUGAGGCGAUCAGAAAAUGGCUGGAUUUUGCAGAAGUACCCACACAAGAAGCUGUUAAGCUUAUCCAACCCACAGAAAACCUUGCUUUCCACCCAGUCUCAACCAUAGUGAACAAUUCCAGAAAUAAUACACCAGAAUGCAUUGUACCCAUUGAACUGGAGUUCAAGAAGGAUACCAAAGUUAGUGCAAGCAGCAAAAUAAUGAUGAACUGGUUAAAAAACAAAUCUCCCAAGAAAGAAGAUGAUGAUGACGGCUUACCAAGAUGGUCCAGCCAGUUUAUCCAAACCACACCACCUAAAAAGACCAGUUCAAGCUUAAUACACCAGUGGCUCAAGAAGGAAGAUGGAGAACCUUCUGCAAAGCAUCCCAAAAUUCAGUGACUUACUGUUACUUGCACUUUAUUCUUAAAACACAUUUGGCAGUUUCUACUGAUUUGAAUUUGCGGAGUGGGAUUGCAAAUAUUCUGACUAUGUGGGCCUUGACAUUUAACACUUUUUCUUGUCUGUAGUACAAACUGGGGUGUGCAUUUUAUGUACAGCGUUGCUAUUCCCUGCCAACCUUGGGAGAGAGCAAAUGUACUUCGAAUAUGUGAGACACUUAAUAUAUUUCUCCUCCUAGGAGAGAAACAAACAUUCUGUAUGGCAUGUUUCUUGUCCUGGUGUUCAUCCAGUUCACUUAUUGGAUUCUUUGGAUAAAACAGACCACUGUUACAACUAAGAGCCCCUGUUGCAAAAAUGAAAAUAACUGUGUUCUUAAAACACUGAAUAUUUUACGUUCAUCUUACGAGGCCUGGGUAUCUCCUUCACAUACUUUGUAAGUAUGAGCUGUAUUAGUGGGAAAACUGCUAUGGUGGUGGUAUGUCUGUAGCUACUGUUUUAAUUAUAACGGCCCAAAUUUGUGAUGAGAAAAUGAAUAGCAAAAAUUCAGUACGCUGGCAUUGUAGAAGGAAUGAGUUUGGGCCUAUAUUUCUGACAUCGGACUUACUCAUAGUCGGAAUUGUACAUGUUCUCAUGUUUUAAGCAAGGUUGCCUGUUUCAACAAUAAGAGAUAUUUCUUUUGGUUUAGUUUCUGGCUAGCAUUGUUCUUGGCAUAUCAAAGGAUUAUUUUGUAAACUCUCUGACGAAUGAAAGACUCUUAAGGGGAAA